UAAGAGACCCACAGGUCAAAAUAAAUGAGACUGAAAUUCUCAGGGGACAAAAGGGCAACAAAACCUGCCAAGCAACUCUGUUCAUGUGAUUCAAGCUGGAUCUGUUGAAAGAGAGGACACUGAUAGAAGUCGAAAACAAAUCCAGGAAUGAACCCUGCUGUGAUUCUGCUCCGUGGGAUCUGAGAGUUGCCUUUUAGAGAGAAUUCUGCUUAAGCCAAAAUUUCAAACAUAAUGAAAUAGCAUGGAUUAUGUAAAAGUUUUUCCAGCCAUUCCUCAAUCGAUGGGCAUCCACUUUGUUUCCAGUUCUUCGUAACCAUGGGGAGUGCUGAUAUGAAAAUCUGCAACUUUCUCAUUUUACAGAGGAGGAAAUGGAGGCCCAGAGAAGUUAAGUAACUUACCCAAGGUACUCCAUAAGAACAUUCAGCAAUUAAUUAAGGUGACAUCCAAUAUUCAAAAUCAGUAGCUAAAACUGAUCUUUACCACUUCUAAGAAGCAAAAGGAAGAACAGCAAAGGCAUGGUGGUGGGCCCUGCCAUUUUGAAACACCUAAUACACCCCAGGGAAGAGAAGGAACUCAUCUACUGAGCAGUAAGGAAGAUUAUGGCUCCUUAUACCUGUAACCAUUGGAGGAAGAGAGAGGAGGUUUAAACAAAUAUUUGUUCAAACUAUGGUGAAGAGAAAGUGCCUGGAGGAUAAAAAAUGAACCAGCUGGAUGCAACAAAGUCAGGAUUUUUAGUGUGCAUUGGUAUUUGCAUUUUUAUCUUCAUUUUUCUUUAUGUGAGGAAUACAAUUCCAGAUGAAUCAAAAGAAGAACCAACCUACCCAGAAUCGACAGACUGUGGCUUUUAUCCAGAUGAAAUAUGUUCAGCCCUUUUUGAAGGGAAAGGGGCUGCCCCUCAAAUUGGACAACUCUGUCAGCAAAACACUCACCAACCUGAAAUAACCCCUUGCCUAGGGACACCAGGCACCUGUAACUGCUCUCUGAUUUUUCAGGGGCUGCAUUUCAUAACAAGACCCUUGUCUGCAGAAGAGGGAAAUUUCUCCUUGGCAUAUAUCAUAACCAUUCAUAAGGAAUUAGCUAUGUUUGUGAAACUUCUCAGAGCUAUUUACGUCCCUCAGAAUGUUUACUGCAUACACAUUGAUGAAAAAUCACCCCAGAAUUAUAAAACUGCAGUGAAAAACCUGGUUGACUGUUUCGAAAAUAUUUUUAUUUCAUCAAAGAGAGAGACUGUGAUUUAUGGUGGAUUUUCAAGACUACAGGCAGAUAUUAAUUGUAUGAAAGACCUAGUGAGCUCCACAUUUCGGUGGAAGUAUGUAAUAAACCUUUGUGGGCAGGAUUAUCCAAUCAAGACAAACAAAGAAAUCAUACAAUAUAUCAAAAGCAAAUGGAAUGGUAAAAAUGUGACUCCAGGAGUAAUUCAGCCCGCGCAUAUGAAAUACAGGACACACCAAAGUUACAAAGAAUAUGUUCAUCAGGGAAAUUCUUAUGUUUAUCCAACUAAAAAAGAAAAAAAGGAUCCCCCGCACAAUUUAACAAUAUACUUUGGAAGUGCUUAUUAUGUACUGACUAGGCAGUUUGUUGAAUUCACACUGACAGAUGUCAGGGCAAAAGACUUGCUUGAGUGGUCAAAAGAUACAUACAGCCCCGAUGAACAUUACUGGGUUACACUGAAUAGAUUAAGAGAUGCUCCAGGUGCUACCCCAAAUGCUGAGUGGGAAGGACAUAUUCGGGCUAUUAAAUGGAAAGAUAUGGAAGGAGUUGUUCAUAAUGGCUGCAAAGGACAUUAUGUUCGAGAUAUCUGUGUAUAUGGACUGGGAGACUUACAGUGGAUUAUUGAAUCCCCUCACUUAUUCGCCAACAAAUUUGAGCUCACAACAUAUCCACUUGUGAUGGAAUGUUUAGAGAGAAGAUAUAGACUUAAAGUACUAAAUCAGGCAGAGGUCCCUUUAGAAUCACAUUGGCAUUUACAAGAGACUUGCUAUUUUAAUAUGAAAAUAAAUAUUUGAUCAGCAAAUAAUGCCUACUGUCAAA